UGUCGGCGAUUGUCGCCGCGGUAUGCGCGCGCGCCUUGGCGCAGCUCUCGCGGAUUUUACGGGAAAAAUUAAACGUAUCUCAUUCAUAGCAGUGCAGUCCGGUGGCCCUAUCGUUUUGUCAGACGAGUUUAACGUAACAUUAAAUCGAACGGUGUUGAACGCGCAACAAAUUUCCGCUACUCGAAUAUCGCGAUAUUCCUUCGGUUUUCGUCGAUCUUCGUCAAGUCAUCUGUCAAUGAUUUCAAGACCCUGAUUUAGUGCGUGAUCAAAUCACACAGGCAUUUCGAAGGCGCGUUUGAACGAACGUCAAAUCACUUGCCGGUCGCUCUCCCGCGAAGGAGGGACGUGGUGGAGGUAUCCGUGUAUUCCACUCUCGAGUGCAGCUCGCGAUGCGACGGCUAUCAGUCGGCCGUGAGCCGUGAAGUGAGCGCGGGUUGUGUAGUAGUUGUACACGAUCGAUUCCGGAGUCUUUCGACGUCGCUCUCGCGGCUGAAGCAGACGUUUUUGCGAGUGAUACAAACAACGAGAAGUGAUCGAUCGGGGGAAAAGACGCACGUAUAAUCUCGAAUGGGAAAAUACAGAUGUUCCAAGUGUAAUUUCAGAGCGUACGACGAUUGAGAAAUAGAACGGGACGAACGGUGUCGGUGCACCCACGUGACGAACGGAGUGCCGCGCAAAGGUGUUCUUUGAUACGAGAUUCUCGAGCGAGAUUCUGCGUCAGUGACAGGAGCUCGCCGCCCAGGAGCAAGAAAAAGACAGCGAGAAGGGAAGCGAGAAAAACGGAGAGAGAGAAAGAGAGAGUGAAACGAUCGAUGUUCACAUGACAGUCAACAACGCGGAGUAAAACUGCCGCUGAAAGGGUGCGCGGACAACGGCCAUAUUCAAGGCGAGCCCUCGUCACCCUGGGUAGGGUCGAAAAAACAGUCUCGCCGCUAUCCACGAAGACGAGUUGACGUGUUGCCGGUGCGAAAUACGCAACGACGACAACGAGGACGACGUGAACGAGGAAACACAUACGAUUCGAGCGGUAGCAACGGCCUCAUAUCGAGAUGGAGUUCAAGUUCAACGUAAAUAAACUCUUGCCUAGGAAGAUCAACAAGGUCACACAUAACCUGGUGCCGGAAGACUUCAAAGGCGAUCGACGCGAAUUGAACGAAUGUCAGAGACUAUUGAGCAGAAUACUGGACGAUAUGGGCGAGGCAUCGGCGAAGGCUCAAGGACUCAACAAGCCCAUCACCAGCGCCCUUAAACUCCGAGACACAGAUCACACGAUUUACUUGCUCGUAGAUAAUGAAGCAAAUAACGGACUGGGCAGCGUGGUAGGAUUACUGAAGACAGGAUCGAAGAAUCUGUUUCUCUUCGACGAGACGGGGGAGCAUUAUCAACUGCAGGCGAGAUGCAUCUUGGACUUCUACGUGCACGAGUCGCGGCAACGUAUGGGCCUGGGCAACACUCUAUAUCAGUACAUGUUAUCCGAGGAGAACAUUAGACCAGUGAAAUUGGCGAUCGAUCGGCCGUCAGAAAAGUUCUUAGCUUUCCUGAACAAAUAUUACGGACUCUCAAAGAUCAUUUCACAGAACAACAAAUUCGUCGUUUUUGAGGGAUUCUUCAAUGACGAAAGUCGGGAUGUGAGAAGCAACAGAUACAGCCUACCUCCUAGAACGAGUCUGGACGACGGAACGUCGAGCAAUAAUAACAAUAACGGGAAAAACGGUGCUAGCCUCAACGGGGUCCCGUACGUAGCGUCUGUUUCGCGUAGCUCGUUUGGUAGAUACGCCGCGGCUAGACCGCCCUGUUCCAUGGCAAAUAUAAUCCAUAACACAGCGAUGCUUGGUCAAUCAGCCGAGCGUACUGGCAAUGACGAUAGUCGCAACGCGUCGCCGCUUCCACCGCCACUGGAACCUCCGCCAAAGCUAGAACGACCGCGCUCCUUGAGUCUCUACUCCGAGGAGGAGCAGAAGCAACGUAGCAUCGAGAUGAACACCGUCCCGACACCCAUUGUGCCGGACAACCAGACGAAACCGUUUGUCCCGAUCCUGCUGGAGGCCGAGAAAACGGAAAAGAACGUGAAGCCGUCGCCGUCGUGCGGUCAGGAGGUGACCACCGGCGUCAAUCAACACGGACACUUGGAUCUUAAGUUUUAUCACUCGCCCUUAUGGUGAAACGAUCUGGCUAAUACGUAAUCGUCUUUUUCUCCAGCUCAAAAUAUUUGUUUCCGAGAACAGAUUGGACCAACUUGAGUUAGCAUUAAUCUUCUCGGUUUUCUUUCUCUAUCUCUAUGUAAGAAAAGAUACGCGUAAUCGCUAACUCAGGAUUAAGACAUUACGGUCCACAGAGGAUUCUAAAUCACCAUUUGCUAUCUAGUUGAGUUAAGCCGGAAUAUCACUCCGUUUUUGCUCUGACAUCUUUCUUGCCGUGAAAAGAAAUGAUCUUACGCUUUGAAAAAGUGUAGAUUAAAAGAAAUUAGCGCAGAAUUUUUUUUUUCAUUUUUUCUAAUAUUUCUGACAUAGUUACAAUUUUUUUUUAGAUAAAUUUUAGCAAUGUAUGUUGUAAGAUGUAGGAAAGAAUAUAAAUUUGAAAAAGAGCUAUUAGAAGGAAGCAUCCAAAAAUCUUAUAACUUCAUGAAUUUAAAGAUUCAGAAAUUACUUUCAUAAAAUCAAUACCUGCUCACCUUUUUUAAGUUAUCUAUAUAUGCAGAUAAAUUUAUAUAUCAACGAUAUGCGUGGCGAAUAAAUUGUGUAUUCAUGUUUGUUUAAGACAUACGUAUCAUCUGUGUAAAUCUCAGCGACAAGAUGAUGAACACUGAUCACAGUUAUAGUUACAUUUGAAACAUUAUCAUUCGUAAAACAUAAAACGAUAUUGCGUAUCGUUUCUGUUAUCCUAUUAUGAAAGGACCUCGUGUAAGAAAAUAUAAAGCACAAAACUUUAUAAUUUUGGCAGCGAGAUAGACAACAGUACUCAAGAAUUUUUUAAAUUAAAACGUAAACUAUAUAAAGCUAGGCAAAGUAUUCAAAGAUUUUAUCAAUAUAAUUUAUUUAUUUAUUUUUAUUUAUUGAUAUAGAAGAAAACUACGCAGUAUUUCUCGCAGCAUUUUGCUUCAUAUUAACGACUGAUCGAUAUUUAUUAAAAUAAUGCGUGCACGUAAUGCAUAAAUAUAUAUAGAACAAACUGCUUAUACGUAUAAUAAACACCUUAGAAACGCAUGGCAAUUAGUUUUGAUGUUAUAUCGAUAUGUAUAUUAGAAUGGGCGCACUAUAAAUGGAAUAGAAAUACGACUAUAUUAGCGAAUAUUAACAUUAUCAAUUGAAGACUGUUAACGUGAAACCGUACCAAAGCAUACAGUAUAUCAUGCGUAGGUGUAAUCAAGAUCUUCAUUAACAUUUCAGAAUGUACAAUCCAAAUAGAGGGACAUUCUACAGAGAUUAUAAGGACUACAGUUAAAGAAAUGGGGCGAUAUAUCAAUGGUCUGUGUUAGGAAAUUUUCCGCUGGACAUUUCCCAGUGAACAAUCGUUAUUAGUAAUGAAUGUUACUUUACAAAUUGUUACCCUAAACGUAAUUAUCGAUCAAUAUCCAAAAAUACAUUAAGCUAUAAUAAAAUUGGAUACUUA